GUGGACUGAAAUUCUUCACUACGGAGUUUGGUUGGGCACACGCAGGCAGGGGGAACUCGCUGGUCGUCCAGUUGGCAAACUGACGAAGUUGUCUUCGGAAACUUGAAGGCUCACAACAAAACCACUAUGACUUCGACGAACAUGUUUCAAGGGUUGGAUAGUGCUUCAAAACCGAGCUCAAGGGUGUUGCAGCCUCCUGGAGGUGGCUCCAGUAACCUGUUUGGUGGCUAUGAAGACGACUCUGCAGCAUCAAGAAGACCUAAUAAGAUGGCCUCUACAGUCUUCGCUCCACCAGAGGAGGUCCGGAAUGUACCCAGACGCUCCAAUCCUCCAGGUGGCAAGAGUAGCGGAAUAUUCGGGGAACCUGAACCUCCAGCUCAGCAACAACAAAAACCAAAACCUCCCGGCGGACCAACCAGCAACAUAUUUGGUGCUUCCGAGAGUGCACCUGCCCAAAACCCAAGUCGAAGCCAUCCAAAUAAGCCAAAGGACAAUCUAAGUGUGGGACCUGAACCUGAAACACCAGCACCGGCACCAGCACCGGCACCCGAGGCAAAGGUGAUUCAGCCUGAGGUGAAGGAGGAAGCUGCAACCCCAGCUCCCAUGCCAGCCAAGGAAGAGCCUGCAGCUGUCCCAGCCACUCCAGAGCCUGAGCCACCUUCUUCCACUUCUUCUUCCUCACCUCCUACUGAGACUGGUGAGCUGAAGAACCAUGAGCCUCAUCUGGGACCGAAGCCUCGCUCUCACAACAGGGUCCUCAACCCCCCUGGUGGAGUGUCUAGUGUGGUAUUCUACUGAUCAGCUGAACACACCUCUCCUCCUUGUUUGUGUCCAUACACUCCUUGUCUGCUCUCCUCUUAAUCUUCUCUCAUUCCAACUCCCCUCUCCCCACGGUUACUUCACCUGUACAUUUAAACACAGAACAGGAAUUUUUGUUCUUCUCACCAGAUUCCUAUUCAUAUAUCUUUGCCUCAACUUCUUGCACUUUCAGCCCUGUUUCUGGCUUCCAGCCCUUCGUCCACUUCGUCUUAUUCUUUGAUGAAACCUGCAAUAAUUCAAUCUCCAACCAAUCAGUCGACAGGCUCGCUAUUACCUAAUCACUUAAACUGUGACACUGUUUUAUCUCCAUGUUGCGGUUACUCGUUUCACGGUUUCUGUGUUUGUAAAUGUAGUUUGGUGUAAAGCACAGUUUGUCAUUUUGAAAACAUUUUUGCAUCUCAAGAAUGGUUAAGACAUUGGAGUGCUUGUUCAGCUUUAAACAGUCCUCGAUUUUAUUUUUUCAGCGUAAAGAAAAUCCUGGCGUAAAAAUCCACUGCAGACAUUUGGUCACAUUUCAAGGUGUUGUUUUAAGCCAUAAUGUGUAGGCGUUCAAUCAGCAGGGGGGGAAUAGAUCCUCUCACCAAUGUAAAAUGUUUCAGGGAGUUCCACUAGUGCCACCUUUAUGUGUUGCUGGAUCCUUAGGAUGACUACAUAAAACCUUAUGUUUGGUAGUUUUACAAAAUAAUAUAUGUAAUGACUGUACAAUCGAAGCCUUAUAUCAGCUUAUCUUUUUUCUUUCUUGCCUUCUCAUUAUUCGGCCCUUCAUUUCAUCAUGUAUCUAACAUUAAUGAUCUUCUGUCAGAGCACAAACUCUGUGCCAGCAUAGAUGCCAAAAAUUGACCUUGACACAACGGUGAAUGCAAUUGUUUACUCCCAAAUGUUUCUGCUUCCUUAAAGAAAAUUCCAUUUUGAUUGUAUGUGGAUGUAUUGUGCAGGUACUUUUCUGCUUUGUCCUCAUUGCUUGCUUUAUCUGAGAACAUGGCCUUUUGUUUUUUUUGCUUGGGGUAGGCCUCUGUUUAUGUUUUAAAUUAAAACGGCUGAAGACAAGUGAACUCUGGACAAGCGUGCGGCCUACCUGAGUCCAGGUGGGCUCAUUGAUGAUCACUUUUUCACUCACUUCUUGAUGCACAUUUAUGGUAUUCUGGUGCCAGCCUGUCCCCUGUGUGUUGAUGUGCCUGGCAGGCAAUGAGCACAGCAGAAGAAGAAAAUCCUGUGUAUUGCAAUAAAACUGUUGUUUUGCAUUUAAA